AUGUUGCUUGAGUGCUACGAUCGAGAUAUUUCGUAUGGAAUACUUGUGAAUGUCCAGGCCGGAUUCGAAGAUGUGCUGAUGUUGGGUCGAUUUGUCGAGAAGCUUUCAAGUGUUGCCGGCUAUCAACAGGUACGCGUUGACGAAGGCAAUUUUUCGGCAAUGAUGUCAGGGGGUUUGGAACACGAAGAUGACACUGGCGAAGAGGACUUUGACGAGUAUGACACCGACGAAGAAGACGUUGACGAAUCCAAGGAGUUUGGUUCGAAAUCGGAAGCGAAGAUGAAUGUGCAACGUCCUCGUCCAAUCUUGAUAGCAACUAUACGCCAAUUUAACCAGUUUCGGCACGGUCAUGGUUGCAGUCACAUCAUUCAUCAUCAUUCAAAAAGACGAUCUCAAAAGGAAAGCGUCAUAAGCAACCCAGCCGGUAGGAGCACCUACAUUUUUUCCGAUAUCAUUUUGGAGAGCCCGCCUCAGUCCGUCCUUCAAGCACAACAGCUUUUUGUGGCUGAUCAGGGUCGAGGCGCUGAGUUCAAGGUCUCUCGUCUGAUUGAUUCUCAUCUGAUCAAAACGACUAACAAAUUGAAGUGUUGU